AUGUUAUGGCUUCAAUGCUUCAACCUUCUCGCUAUGGUAGCGGCCGCAAUUCCCUACCGAGAGUAUAUUUUAAUGCCAGACUCACGGAAGCUCCUGCCUCAAUCGGUGUACGCAACUACUGGGACUACUGUCGGAGCCGCCAGUAUUCUCGAUAAUUUGAACAGCUCGCAGAGCGCUCCCCAGCUGAUUCUCUCCGCCAACUCUUCAGUGACAUACGACUAUGGCAAGAAUAUUGCAGGCAUAGUCUCCGUACAAGUUAGUCGCGUCUCAAAUCCGCAGCAGCGGAUCGGCCUCACAUUCUCGGAAAGCAACAUGUACGUGUCGCCCGACCACAGCGAUUCCACGGGUCUGGUGUUGGACAACGUUACUUAUUUGGACACACCUGGGCCAGGAACCUUUACGCUUCCACCAUGGCUGCGUAGGGGCGGGUUCAGAUAUCUUACAAUAACAAAUGAAGGGGUUGAUGAAGUGCAACUUUCCCAGGUGUCGACAGAGUUCACAAGCAUGCCGGAUUAUAGGGAGGAUCAGCUCCAGGCGUAUACCGGAUGGUUCAAUUGCAAUGAUGAGUUGUUGAACAAGAUCUGGUAUGCAGGAGCCUACACCAACAACUUAUGUACUGUUGACCCCAAGUACGGCGAUUCGGCGCAAUCAGCUCCGCCACCAGGGCUUCCUUUCACAGUUGGAGAUUACUUCUACAAUCUGACCAUCGCGAAUGGCACCUCGGUUCUCGUUGAUGGUGCAAAGCGAGAUACCUUGGUGUGGCCGGGUGAUUUGACCAUUGCGAUUCCUACAUCAUUUGUCAGUACCAAUGAUAUGGUAUCGAUCAAGAAUGCACUGGAUUCCCUCUUUGUGCGACAGAACAGCUCGACGGGAAGACUGCCGUACGUGGGUGUGCCAUUACGCGCGACGCUAGAAAGCUGGACAUACCACAUGCACACGCUGUACAGUUCAGCUUUGUACUUCCAGUAUACGAAUGAUAUCCAAUGGCUCCAAGACCUGUGGCCUCAUUAUAAGUUUGCAAUGGAGUUUAUCACGUCAAAGAUCGAUGCCACGGACCUGCUAUACGUCAAUGAAACAGCAUUCAGGGACUGGGGUAGAAACUCCAUGGGCGGUUACAAUAUCGAGGCAAACGCACUUUUGUAUCUCGUACUCAAUGUGAGUGUCGAUCUAGCUUCCACAGUGCAAGACACGGCAUCAGGGUCUCAAUGGAAAGACAUCGCUUCACGCCUUAGGGUUGCCGUGUCGGCCACGCUUUGGGAUGAGGAACAGGGCUUGUUCAAAGACAAUGCCACAUCACUUCUUGCGCCACAAGAUGGCAAUUCUCUUGCUGUCAAGUCUGGCCUGGCAACUCCACUCCAAGCACGGAAGAUAUCUCAGAACCUAGCUGCCCGAUGGGGACCCUACGGUGCACCGGCUGUGGAGGCAGAAAUAGGUGGUAAGACGACCGUAAGCCCGUUUGCCGGGAGCUUUGAGGUUGACGCGCACUACGUAUCCGGAAAUCCACAAAGAGCCCUGGACCUUAUCCGGCUGCAGUGGGGAUUCAUGCUCAAUGAUCCACGUAUGACGCAGAGCACAUUCAUCGAAGGCUAUGCUACAGAUGGGAGUUUGGUGUAUCCACCAUACACAUUUCAGGCUCGCAUCAGCCAUGCCCACACGUGGUCCACGGGCCCCACAGGCUCAUUGACGUUCUACACAGCUGGGCUGCGCAUACUCUCCCCACUCGGGAAGACUUGGAUCAUUGAACCUAACUUGGGAGACUUGACAAGGGUGGAUGCAGGCUUAACGAAAAGCCUUGGGCCUUUCACGAUAAAAAUGACGGUCAAAAAGGGAAAACAAUGGUCAAUGCAGGCUACAACGCCAACAGGUACAUCGGGCACUUUGAGUUUGCCGGCUCUAGGAUGCAAAGCUAGAGUUUCACUUUGGAGCAGCCAAGGUUCUGAUUCGAAAAGCAACGACCGUUCGCGUUUUGCCGUGUGUUGUGAGGGUGGAUACUGGGACCUUAUGGGUUUUUUCUUGACGAUGUGA